GUGCGCUCGCGCGGGGCGUCACAGCCUUGCUGCGGCUGGAGCGCCAUUCUCUUCUUUCUCCAUCCCCUAGGAUUAGAGCGGGCGCCCCUCCCCCCCCCCUUUGGCUGCUGCAGCCCCUGCGUUGUGUGAGUGGGAAGCUCCUGAGGGCGAGACAUGAAGCUGAGCAAAGCCCAGUAUGAUGAAAUAGCCCAGUUCCUGGGGCACGUGCAGCCCACCAGACAGAGCCUGAGGAAGCUGAAGGAGAGAUUUCCUAGUCAAUCGCAGUCCACUCUGCUGAGCAUCUUCUCCCAGGAGUACCAGAAACAAAUCAAAAGAACACAUGCAAAGCAUCACACUGCUGAGGCUAUUGAAACUUACUACCAAAGGUACCUGAGUGGGGUGAUGAAAAAUGCAGCUGCCCCUGUACUACUGGAGCUAGCCAAUGAGGUGGACUUUGCACCAUCAUUGAUGGCUCGAAUUGUGCUAGAAAGAUUUCUACAAGAGCAAGAGGGAACUAUCCCUUCCAAGACUCUUAUAAAUAGUAUGCUGCGGGACCCUUCUCAGAUUCCAGAUGGAGUUCUAGCAAAUCAGAUCUAUCAGUGUACUGUGAAUGACUGUUGUUAUGGACCACUGGUGGACUGCAUCAAACAUGCUAUUGGGCAUGAGCAUGAAGUCCUGCUGCGAGAAAUGCUGCUGGAGAAAAAUCUCUCUUUCUUAGCUGAAGAACAGCUUCGUGCAAAGGGUUAUGACAAAACACCAGAUUUUAUUUUAGAAGUGCCGGUAGCUGUUGAAGGACAUAUAAUUCACUGGAUUGAAAGCAAAGCUUCAUUUGGUGAUGAAUGUAGUCACCAGGCCUAUCUGCACGACCAGUUCUGGAGCUACUGGAAUAGAUUUGGUCCUGGAUUAGUCAUCUAUUGGUAUGGAUUUAUUGAGGAGUUGGACUGCCAUCGUGAACGUGGUAUCCUGCUAAAAGACUGCUUUCCUACUGAUAUUGUAACUCUGCGACACAGCAUGGCUCAACACUGAUGUUGGAAGAGAAAUUGGGAGGAAGAGGUGAAUCCGGAAGCAAUUUUACUUUCCUGCAGUGUAAACUACUGGCAACAUCUGCCCUGAACUUCAGCUGAACUCCUGCUGCCUGUGAUCACACUACUACCUCUUUAGACAAACAUAUCAAGAGUUUCUGUUUUGCCUCAGCCCUCUGCUGUUGUGAGCGGCCAAAAACUACAGACACAACCCACUCAUUAUCAGCAGUUCUGUCUCUGUCAAACAGUUAGUUUAUAGAUAGUCAUAAUCUUUCUUCCUUCCGGAUGGCUUCUCCUUAAAUACUGAACAAAAGAAAAAAUGUGGAGGCUGAAAGGUGUGACUUUCAAUUCUCCUCCCUGUGUUGUGGAGUCAUCUUAAAGAAAGUGCUUUCUGUUAUCUCUCACAUAACUUUGUUUAAUAUUAAAGAUCUGUCUCAAACACACACACAAGCCAGGAAAUUUGGUUAAGGCUGAAACUCCCCACUUAACACUCAAAUUGUGCCUACUUAGUGCAAUUCAUUUGGUAAAAGAGGAUCACAUCAUCUUUAAUGCCUUGUUUGCACUCUGAAUUUCCUGGUUUUUGCAGCAUUAUGCCAGACAGCUACUAUUAUUCUAAUAUAAUGAUUGGUGUAUGAAUUUCCUCAUUUUUAUGUUUGCUUAAAAACAAAAGAAUCUGACAUUCAAAUUUUUAAAAAUAUUUUUCCUAAAAAAAGGUCAGCAUUUAUCUUGUAUAUAUAUUUGGGAAAUUUUGUAGUGCAUAUUAAUGUGUACUUUUUAAAGUAUUAAAAAUAAUUGAUAAAGCACAUUGUUCUCUUUCAGCAGUUUUGGCAUAUCCUAGAAAUCUCUACUGAUGGAUCAUUUCCUUGGUUGAUUUUAAGCAAAUAAUUUGUGUAGAUCUCUGUAGGCCUCAUGAUGUGCAGUUUUCUGGCAUGUGAAAUCCAAAAGGACCAUGUAUGAAACUUUGUACCUGGUUGAUCUAUUCUGACAGUAUCAGUCUGGUGUGCAAGGAGAGAACCAAAAGGUAAACACUGCUUCCUACUGGAUUUGUUGGAUGGGGAAUUCAUCUAAAUAAGCACACCAUCUCGUGAGUGCUAUUGUUACCUAUUCUCUUCUUCCUGAUGGAACUGCCAAGGCUGGAAGAGAUGGUGGUGGGCUUCCACCAUUAUUGUGAGGGCUCCUUUCUCGUCUUCUUUCUACACUCAUCACCCCAGGAAAGAGGGCCAUUGUUCAGCCUAACUUCUGCUCUCACAGCUAAAAGAUGGUCAGACAAGACAUAUCUCUUUGGGCUGGUAGCCUUUUUAAGAACCUUUCCUUGCUAACAGUCAGCCAGGGAAAAAUAAAAAUGUUGAGGAAGCUGAUAGAAACACCACAAAUGCUCAACAUCUCUUCUCUAACCAAUCAUGAGAGCCAAAGUGAUAGACUUCAUCUUGGGAAGGGAAUUUGAUAAGAAGAGUCAUAAAAACUACCGCUCCCAAAGGGAAAUUCCUCUCAGAAUAGGAAGUUGAGUUGCAUACUCAGCUUCUCUUGAGUAACAGAAGCUCUCAGGACCUCAACAGAGAAGCUGUUUGGGGAUCUUAAUAUUUUGAAAUUGUGCACAAAUUUUAAAAGUAAAAAAUGCAAAGAAAGCAUAUGAAACCACUUUUUAAACUUUAAAACAACCACACAGCUUAUUUUAGAAGAAACUUUCAAAUCUCGCUUUUAUACUGAACUUGUGCCAAGUUUUAGCCUGGAUUUUAUUUAUACAGCCAAUUUAGAAAUCCCCCUUUUUUUUCCCCUCUAGGAAAAAAUAGGUGUAAUAGUAUUGAUACUUCCUUUGCUGUAGAGGCAAGAGUACACUAGAGUUUCCACAAUACCAUGAGUUACCUACAUGACAAACAUUAUCUUACUGUUUCUGAAUGUUACUUUAGAAAUACCAAUUUUCAAUCAAUCCUUUUUUCCCCAAACAUCGGUAACUCGUUUAUGUUUCAACUAUUACACUUACUUCAUUUUUACCUGAUAGGCUUUGAGUCUGCACAUAAAGAUAGGCAGAAGCAAUCUGCAGAGUGUACCUCCCUAAGGCUACACAGAAGCAACAUUUAGGGUGCAACUACCCCUGGGACUUAUAACUCUGGUUUAGGUUAGUGGCAUGUGUAAAAUCAAGAAUAGAAAAAAAAGAAAGUAAUAAUCAACCAUUGUUCCACUAGAAACUCAAAGCAAUAACUGCCUACAUGAAGUAGGUUUUAAGGGCAAAACUGAAUCUGUUUUAGCUAAUGUCUAUGCAUUGUAUUGUAUGAAAUCAUUUCAAACAGUCUUUACAAGAUGCCCUGUGCUACUUUUUCUUUUUGAAUAAAUUAAAUUUAUCUACACAGAUGUUGACAAUUCUGUUCAGCCCUCAUUGAAUCUUUAAUUUGUUUAAUAUAAAAACAAAUAUAACAAUGUUGAGGGUGCACAAAUAAAAGUAAGGUUAUGCUUGUACAGUAUUUGUGUAUUUAUUCCCCUACCUGUUGCUGCAGUAUAACGGCUUGAAAGGCAAUAUUGGUGUCCUUAAUCAAAGCUUUGACCAUUCCUUUAUAUAGUGACCCCUUUAAAAUCUGUGUAUUUAAAUAGGGAUGAAAUAAGUAGUAAAAAUGUAUGCACUCUA